AUGGCGAGCCGAAACGAUUCUGGUAGACCCAAUCUGCGGAUUACAAUCAUCGCCGCCGAUGGUUUGUACAAGCGAGAUGUCUUUCGCUUCCCGGACCCCUUUGCUGUAGCAACCAUCAAUGGAGAGCAGACCAAGACGACGACGGUGAGCAAGAAGACGCUCAACCCGUACUGGAACGAGAGCUUUGAUUUCCGGGUUGACGAGGGAAGCAUCCUGGCCGUCCAGGUCUUCGAUCAAAAGAAGUUCAAAAAGAAGGACCAGGGUUUCCUUGGCGUUAUCAAUAUCCGAAUCGGCGACCUGAUUCCAGAAGUCGGACCCGAAGCCGACGAUCAAAUGAUUACGAGAGACCUGAAGAAGUCGACUGAUAACCUCGUCGUGCACGGCAAACUCAUCCUCAACCUAUCUUGCAACCUUAGCACCCCCAUUCGUGCAGGCCAAGCGUCAUCUAACCGACCUACCCUUGGUGCACCCAGUGCCUCUAACUUGUCGACCCUGUCCGCUCCGGCCGGUGACCGGCCGAGUUCUGCCAUGUCUGGCCCUAACGGCAACGCGCUUGUUUCUCAACCCAACCUCUCCUCCCACCAUCCCGCCAGUGUCAACGCCGUACCCUCGUCCUCGAGUGUCAAUGGCUCUCAAUCUCGCCCCAAUAGUCAGCUAAGCCCGUUCGAGGAUUCCCAAGGCCGUUUGCCUGCCGGCUGGGAACGUAGGGAGGAUAACCUCGGUCGUACAUAUUACGUUGACCAUAACACUCGCACCACCAGCUGGAAUCGCCCGACGGCCGCCGGCGGUGCCGCGGAAACCCGAAAUGAGCGAGAGGCCGUUACUCAAGUCGAACGCCAGAGACACCAAAACAGAACCCUGCCCGAGGAUAGAACCGGUACAAGCUCGCCCACUCUCCAGCAACAACAAGGCUCUGGCGCGGGCAGCCCUAACAGCGCCGCUGCUAGCAAUGCCGCCCCUAACAGCCACACGGCCAUGAUGCAUACAGGUGCUACCCAACCCGGCUCCGGUGAGCUUCCUCCAGGAUGGGAACAACGCUGGACCCCCGAAGGACGGCCCUACUUUGUCGACCACAACACGCGGACCACGACGUGGGUCGACCCACGCCGGCAGCAGUUCAUUCGCAUGUACGGCCAGAGCAGCACCAACGGCCAGAUUCAGCAGCAGCCCGUGUCUCAGCUCGGCCCUCUGCCUAGCGGGUGGGAGAUGCGUCUCACAAAUACUGCCAGAGUCUACUUUGUUGACCACAAUACCAAGACGACUACCUGGGAUGACCCACGCCUUCCUUCGUCGUUGGAUCAAAACGUGCCCCAGUAUAAGCGAGACUUUAGGCGAAAGCUCAUUUACUUCCGAUCUCAGCCUGCCAUGCGCAUUCUUAGCGGGCAGUGUCACAUCAAGGUCCGAAGAUCACACAUUUUUGAAGACUCGUUCGCCGAAAUCACCCGCCAGUCUGCUACGGAUCUGAAGAAACGACUCAUGAUCAAGUUUGACGGCGAAGACGGUCUGGAUUACGGCGGUCUGUCCCGAGAGUUCUUCUUCCUCCUUUCGCACGAAAUGUUCAACCCCUUCUACUGUUUAUUCGAAUACUCAGCGCACGAUAAUUAUACCCUCCAAAUCAACCCUCACUCUGGCAUCAACCCUGAACAUCUCAACUACUUCAAGUUCAUCGGACGCGUGGUUGGUAUGGCCAUUUUCCACCGACGAUUCUUGGACGCUUUCUUUAUUGGCGCUUUGUACAAGAUGGUGCUCGGCAAGGGUGUCACGCUGGCAGACAUGGAGGGUGUAGAUGCAGACUUCCAUCGUUCACUGCAGUGGAUGCUGGAUAACGACAUUUCGGGAGGUAUUCUAGAGCAAACGUUCUCUACGGAAGACGAGCGCUUCGGAGUUUUGACGACGGAGGAUCUGAUCCCUGGCGGUCGUGACAUUGAGGUGACCAACGAGAACAAGAAGGAGUAUGUGGAUCUCAUGGUCAAGUGGCGUAUCGAGAAGCGCAUUGCCGAGCAAUUCCAAGCUUUCAAGGAGGGCUUCCAGGAGCUGAUCCCUCAGGAUCUCAUCAACGUUUUUGAUGAGCGUGAGCUGGAAUUGCUCAUUGGCGGCAUUGCUGAGAUUGACGUCGACGAUUGGAAGAAGCACACGGAUUACCGCGGAUACACAGAGUCGGAUGAGGUUAUCCAGAACUUCUGGGCAACCGUACGGUCCUGGGAUGGCGAGCAGAAAUCGCGUCUGCUGCAGUUCACCACGGGUACCUCGAGAAUCCCAGUCAACGGAUUCAAGGACCUUCAGGGCAGUGAUGGCCCCAGAAGAUUCACUAUUGAAAAGGCUGGUGAGCUGGCCAAUCUACCUAAGGCGCAUACUUGCUUCAAUCGAAUUGAUCUGCCUGCAUAUAAGACAUUGGAAACGCUGCAACAGAAGCUUACUAUUGCCGUUGAGGAGACCAUGGGCUUUGGCCAAGAAUAG